CGAGCUGUUAGCUGAGCUGCUAUAUAAAAAGACCCCCGCACAGCUCCAGAGGAGAAACUCAGUUCUGCAGGACAACUGGAGACACAAGCAGAUUUGGCAAAACGACUAUCGGAGCCAUAAGGAAUUGUGAAUUGGUCUACAAUACAACGCACAGGUGUUUGCUGUCUUGGACCAGUGAAACCCAGGAGAAGACGCUCUAGGGUACGAUGCGACCUGGCUUAUUAAUUUGCCUGCUGCUCUUAGAGGUGGCCUAUGUAACUGGACAAGGACCUCGAAAAGGAGAUGCUGUGCUGAGUCAUUCCACAAGGAAAAUUCGUCCCGGGAAAGAAAUCUUACUAGGUCCAGUAAAGAUCAAAGCCGAUGAGUUUCAGCAGUGGACAACCUGGUUCAACAUUGAUCACCCAGGUGGCAAUGGAGACUAUGAGCGCCUGGACGCCAUCAGGUUCUAUUAUCCUAACAGGGUUUGCCUGAAACCUCUGCGUAUGGAGGCACGAACUACAGAAUGGGUCCCAGCAGGAAAGACUGGAGAAGUUGUGCACUAUAGCCUAACAAAGGGAUUUUGGUGUAUCAAUACAGAGCAACUGGAAGGCAAAAACUGUUCCAAUUAUUCAGUCCGCUUCUUGUGUCCCGUUGUUCUACAUCCCACUGUUCCAAAAGAGACAUGGUCAGAAUGGUCCCCAUGGAGUGCGUGCUCAGCCAGAUGUGGUAGCAAUGGCAUGCAGGUACGGAGAAGGACCUGUUUAGCGGAGGAUCAUUGGCAAGACCACUGUAAUGGACCCACAGAGGAGGGACGCAUGUGCACUGGGGCGCUGUGUACAGUGUGUAAUCUCAGCUGUCCUAUGGGCAAAGCGAGCGCAGACUGCAGUGUGUGCGAAUGCAAGAACCAAAUACUGUAUGGCACAGUCACCCUACCAGACGGAGCGCCCGCUGCUGGUGUUAAUGUGUACGUCAUAUCUAGGAAACCCAGAGUAAAAGCUGUAUCUGAUGCACAAGGGCAUUUCCGCGUGGUAGGGUUAUGUCCCAACAGCACAUUGCAGUUGAAAUUGGAAAAAUACUCUGUGGUGAAUGUGAGAACUCCUAAAAGUGAAGGAUCAUCUUCAUCUAUCAAUAUCAGUAUGAAGAGGAGAGAAAAGCCGUACAUUAUAGAAAACCCUGAAGCCAAGGUGAGGAGAGUGGGGCAAAGUGUGACAUUCUGCUGCAAUUCUGUGGGGAAGCCAGCAGUAGAACAGUACCUGUGGUACCAUAAUGGAACCCUUUUGGACCAAAAUAAACAUAAAUCUAGCAAUGAGCUGACCCUUCGAAAGCUCAAGGUGAGCCAAGCUGGAGAGUACUAUUGCAAGGCUAAAAAUGAUGCAGGAUUUGUAAAGUCCAGCCCUGCCAAGCUUACUCUCAUUGAUCAGGAUGCUCCUGCCUGCAAUCCAAAUCCAGAGAUUCAUCUCAUCCAACCUCAUGACUGUUUUCAAAAUGCCACUAAUUCGUUCUACUACAAUGUUGGGAAAUGUCCGUCUACAUUUUGCCCUGGGGAUCUGGGACAAUGGACUAAGAGCAAGGACAAUGUGCCCUACUGCUGCGGGAUUAACUGAGACAGAAGUAAAGAAGUCUCCUGUCAGGGUUAUGUUCUCCCAAUUAAAGUUGCUGUGCAGUGUGGUUGCUUAAAGUGUACAGACACCAAAAUUAUUGUUCGUGGAAGGGCAAUAGCAUCUGAUACUGGAGAACCCAUGCGAUUUGGACACAUUAUACAUGGGAAAUGCCAGGGUUUAGCAAUGACAGGUUAUAAAGGCACCUUUUCAAUUCAGGUUCCUGCAGAAACAGAGAGGUUGGUUCUUACUUUUGUUGACCGGCUACAAAAAUUUGUUAAUACCACGAAAGUACUUCCAUUCAAUAAAAACGGGAGGUACUGUUUUUACAUGAGGUUCUUCUUCUCAGGAGAAAAGAGCCGGUCCCAUAUUGGACUCAUGAAGACAAACCAGAUAUCUCUAGGAGAUGUAGAAAAUGAUGAUCCUAUAGCUGAACUGGAAAUUCCACCAAAUUCUUUCUAUCGACAAAAUGGAGAGAUCUACAAUGGAAAAGUAAAGGCAUGUGAACAUUUUUAGACCCAAGAAACAUUAUCAACAGCCAGAGCUGCACAAAGUGACUUAAAUUUUGUCAAUGAAGAAGGGAUACAUGCCACUACGCUCAUAUGGUUGUUCUCAGUAGAUUUUACUGAUGAGAAAGCCAUUGAAUCCCUGAAUGCUGGAGCAGUAGUAUACCUUGACUCUUCCCAAGUCAAAAUGUCAGAGCACCUUGAAAGCAUGAAAUUAUGGUCUCUAAAUCCAGAAACUGGACUUUGGGAAGAAGAAGGAGACUUUCAACAAGCAAGAGUACGGCGAGGUAUAAGAGAGGAGAGGACCUUUCUUGUAGGCAACAUGGAAAAUAGGGAGAGAAGAUUGUUUAACCUGGAUGUUCCUGAAAGUCGAAGAUGUUAUGUGAAAGUUCGUGCAUAUAGAAGUGAAAGGUUCUUGCCAAUUGAACAAAUAGAAGGUGUAGUAGUAAACCUAAUCAACAUGGAACCUAUGUCAGGAUUUGCAUCCAAUCCUCGAGCUUGGGGACGUUUUGACAGUGCUAUAACUGGUCCAAAUGGGGCAUGUUUACCUUGCUUUUGUGAUGACAAAAGCCCAGAUGCUUACUCUGCGUUUGUAACUGCCACUUUACUAGGAGAGGAACUGGCAGUUCAAUCUUCUCCAAAGUUUAACCCAAAUAUAAUUGGUGUCCCACAACCCUACCUAAAUAAACUGAAUUAUAGAAGAACAGAUCACGAUGAUCCAAAAGUCAAAAAGACAGCUUUCAGCAUCAGUGUGGCCAAACCAACUCCAAAUGUUGCUGAGGAGAGCAACGGCCCUGUUUAUCCCUACAACAAACUUCUAGAGUGUGAAGAGGCCCCUUAUAAUGCUGGACAUUUUAGAUUUUACAGAGUAGAAGGUGAUAGAUAUGACUUCAACACUGUAUCAUUUAAUGGUGACCCAAUGAGCUGGACUGCAGAUUACUUAGCCUGGUGCCAAGCCCCCCCCCCCCCGCCCUUCCCCCCCCCCCCCCAAAUGGAAUACAGAGCUUGUUAUAUGAAAGUUAAAAUUGUUGGGCCUCAGGAAAUUAUUGUAAGGUCUCGAAAUAUGGGUGGCACACAUCCACAAACAGUUGGCCAACUCUGAAUUCGAGAUGUACGGAGUACCAGAGACUUGGAAGAAUCUAAUCUCUCUACAGCAUGUGUGGAAUUUAAAUGUAGUGGUAUGCUGUAUGAUCAAGACAGGGUAGAUCGUACACUCGUGAAGAUUGUCCCUCAAGGAAGCUGUCGGAUAUCCAUAAACAGCAUGCUUCAUGAAUAUCUUGUCAAUCAUCUUCCAAUGGCAGUUAACAAUGACACCAAUGAGUAUACUAUGCUUGCUCCUCUUGACCCACUUGGACAAUAUGGCAUUUAUACAGUUACUGAUCAGGAUCCAAAAACAAGCUAAGAGAUUGCCCUUGGUAGGUGCUUUGAUGGCUCAUCUGAUGGGACUUCGAGGGUGAUGAAGAGUAAUGUAGGGUAGCCCUUUCUUUUACUGUUUGGAUCAGGAUGUUGGCAGCAAAGUGUCUUUCGUGGGAAUGGACUAGGCUGCAUCAAAGUGCAUCUAGACAGGGAGGCAGAAAUGCAAGGCAAACAAAGAGAAAGUAGUAGAAACAGGUCAACAGUCAGAAUAACCUCUCUUUUAACAACAAGACAGCGCCAGUUCAGAUCAGUAAGAACAGAACAAAAGCCAGCACAGGCUUCUACUACACUCCUUUACUUCAUGGCUAUAAGAGAGUUUUCAGGAAAAUUCCAGACUCAUUUGCCAAGGUGUGAUGUACAGAAUUAUAGCUUAAUUUACUACAUAAUCAAACAUUUUUAAUUUAGAAGAAAAAUUAAACAAUGAGAAUAUCCUAAUAAAUUGCAGCCAACAGCUAAGAUACAAAAUCAACAGAAGUAUCUCCUAUCUUUUACAAACUCCAUCGUUUUUGGAAUAUUGCCUUCUUUUUUUUUCUUUUAAUCAAUUAUGCUGAAAAAUAAUGAAUGUACACUUGCGUUUUGCCUACUUAAUGCUUAUUUCAUCUGACUUGUGGAUCAGAUUUAAUGGCUUCCUUUCUUCUGUCAUCCUUUGAUUUGUAUCUUUUAGCAUUCAAAAACUGCCUCCUCCAUUGGGAACUGAUAAAAUAAUGUAUAAUUUAUUUCCCACCACUAGUACAAAGCAAUAAUAUUUUUCCAGAUGUGAGUCCCACUAAAGAUUAAAGUGGAACCAGAACUAGAAUGUGACUAAUCUUCUUACAACUGACCUAAAUUACAUCCAAAAUAUUUUACCGUAAUCCUAAGGCAAAAUCCAUACAAACUAUUAAGGAGACCAAGUGUUCUAGAGACUGUAUAUUCAGAUUCCAGAACCCAGAGCAAAAGGUCACAUAUGCUCUGAUAAAUGCAGUAUUGU